UUUUAGAUUGUGGGUGAUUUAUGAUGUUGACCAGUCAGAUUCACGAUAAACAGGUUCUGUUGUUCUACAGUCAUAUAAUUAGAGUGAGUCUUGCGCAACGUAAACAUGCUCGUAGCCGCACUGGUUAUCUUAGUUUCCAUUUUUGUUCUAUAUAUUUACUACGAUCGUCAAGAACACCUUCCAGGACCAUGGACCUUACCAAUAAUCGGUUAUUUACAUAAGUUAGACCCAGUGGCACCCAACCUGACCUUGACCAAACUUGCACAAAAAUAUGGGCCAAUUUUUCGAAUCAAACUAGGUUUAGUGAACAUCGCCGUGAUUUCCGAAGCAAAAUUGUUAAAAAAAGUUUUACUCAAAGACGAAACUUUGGGAAGACCGCCACUUUUUAUGUUACAUGAGAUGUUUGGCGGUAAAGGAUUAACGUACAGCCCUGUCAGUUUAUGGAAAGAUCAACGCAAAUUUACUGCUAACUUUUUAAAAUCAGCUGGAAUCACAAAAUUUUCACCAGCCAGAAAGGAAUUAGAACAUCUUAUGACGAAUUAUGCUGAAGACUUUGUAGAUCAUGUUAGUACUCAAGGGAACAGAGUGACUUUGGACUCUUCAGAAGCCCUGGUUCACUACGUCUGCAGCAUCGCCGGUACUUUACUUCUGGGUAAAUUGUUUUCCCGUGAUGACGAAAGUCGCAAAACCUUAAUACACAAUCUUGACACAAUAUUGCAUGAAGCUAAGCUUGGAGGAGCUUUAAACUAUUUGCCAUUUUUGCGGUUUUUACCGAAGUAUAAGAAAUCAUUAGUCGCUUUUAGGGAGACGAUGGACAAAGUUCGAAAAAAUCUAGCUAUGUACAUUAAUGAAUGCGAAAAAACAUUUUCUAACGAGGACUCUAGUACUAAUUUUAUUGAAGCAUUUUUGCUGCAAAGAUCUAGAGGAGGUCCUCCGGAAAUCUAUAACGUGGACCAACUCAUAUACCUUGUAUUUGACGUUUUUCUUGGUAGUACUGAAACUACAAUAAGUUUGUUAAAAUGGAUCACCCUGUACUUAGCACAGUACCAAGACGUGCAGGAUAAAGUACGCCAAGAGUUUGUUGACGUUUUACAAGGAAAAACUCUAGAAAUGAGUGACGUACCGAAAUUAUCGUACACACAAGCUGUACUUAGUGAAGUAUCCAGAAUUAGAACUCUGGUACCACUGGGAUUUCCUCACUAUGCUUCCGAGGAUAUCCACGUUGAUAAUAUUAAAAUUCGCAAAGGUACAACAAUAAUGCCGUUGUUGUGGGCUAUUCAUAUGGAUCCUAAAGUCUGGGACCAACCUGAAGACUUUCGACCUGAGAGAUUUUUAGACGAAGAGAACAAAUUUGCACCUUCUGAGUCGUUUAUUCCGUUUCAGUGCGGUAAACGAAUGUGCGUUGGAGACGAGUUUGCACGAAUGAUGAUAUAUAUAUUUGUUGCUGGUCUCGUCAAGAAUUUCAAAGUUGAACCGUGUGAAUCCAUUCCUAUUGAUUUUUCAGGAGUUUGUGGGCUAUCAUUAGUGCCCAAAGCACAGAAAGUUGUUUUUGUAAAUAUUUAAAUUAAUUUGGGAGGCUUCCACGGUUGGGACAGUGUCAAUUGAGUUUUUGGCCUUAACGUUUCGCACACUUUCGUAAGUGGCAUUUUCAGGAGCAGGGUUGAGGAAUUAGGAAGAAGGCACUUACGAAAGUGCGCCUCUGGUAUGGUCGACAGACUGAAUUACCGUGUUCUUGUGCCUUCUUCCUAAUUUCUCAACCCUGUUCCUGAAGAUACCAGUUACGAAAGGGUGCGAAACGUUGAGCCCAAAAACUCAAUUGACACGGUCCCAACCCGGAAAACGAUCAUAUAAUAUUCAAAUUUUACAUUGGAAGUGAUUAGUUUUAGACAUCUUUGUUAGUAUAUAUUGUAUCACUUGCUUGAUUUAUAAAUAUCGUAAUUUGAAAUUUUGAAUACUUCAAAUAAAUUUUAUAACGAAUUGAACAAAA